GUAGCGGCUGGACGCAGUGUUGUACAGUCUUUAGACAACAGCAUGAGUGUGCUGCCGACCCAGCUUUAAUCUACGACUGAAGAGAAACACACAGGAGAAGCACAGACAUUUAUUUUUUAAGGAGGGAAGCCGGUGUCAAGAAGAUGAGGAAACAGAUCCAAAGACAAAGAGGUGACUCAACGGGGGCCUGAGUGUUGGAAUUAUCAUCACAUUCAACAUGCUUUUCUUUUUCAAUUUGCUACGUUAGAUAACAGGAAGACAGCGAACAACAGAAGAAAAGAACUUGUAGCUAGAAAAUUAACAGCUGUUUCUUCUACUGUAGUGAUAACUCAGACAAACCAGCCUCAAAUGAAAGCUAAUGCUCUGAAUGGAGAUGAAAAAAACAUGGCAACAAUCCAGAGUAAAGCCUCUCAUCACUUUGCUUUAUUUAAGUGAACAGAACCUGUGAUUGACAAACACUUGGGAUAUAAAAAAAAAAGGCCAACUGAUAGCAGACAUGACUGACAACGUGAGCUCCAGAAUCGACACCCCGACCAACAUCUCUCUGAGUACCAGCGUCGCUGUCUCUGAGUCCUUGGAGUACAAGACGGUGUCUGUGUUCCUGGUACUGCUGGUUUGCUUUGUGGGCAUCGUGGGAAACAUAAUGGUGGUUCUGGUCGUCUUCACAACGCGUCACAUGAGGACACCUACUAACUGUUACCUGGUCAGCUUGGCUAUCGCCGACCUGACGGUGCUGGUGGCGGCAGGUCUGCCAAACAUCGCAGACAGUCUGACGGGUACGUGGGUGUUUGGCCACGCUGGCUGCCUGGGGAUCACCUACCUGCAGUACCUCGGCAUCAAUGUGUCCUCCUGCUCCAUCACUGCCUUCACCGUUGAGAGGUACAUAGCUAUCUGCCAUCCGAUGAAGGCUCAGACCGUGUGCACAGUGUCCAGGGCAAAGCGGAUCAUUGGCGGGGUCUGGAUCUUCACCUGCAUCUAUUGCAUGUUGUGGUUCUUCCUGGUUGAUAUUCAGGUCAGCCAGGAUGGACAUGUGCAGUGUGGCUACAGAGUGAAACGUGAGCUCUACCUGCCCAUCUACCUCAUCGACUUUGCCAUAUUUUACGUCAUCCCGCUGCUCCUCGCUAUUGUGCUGUAUGGCCUCAUAGCACGGAUCCUCUACCUCAGCCCUCUGCCCAACCACCCUGACACCAGUGCCACCACUCUGCGGCGGAGCUGUCGUGAAGCCUCUGAAGCAGGGAAGGGAGGACGCCCCGGUCGGACAAAAAGCGCACUUUCUUCCAGGAAACAGGUGACAAAGAUGCUGGCAGUUGUGGUGAUCCUUUUCGCUCUUCUGUGGAUGCCCUACCGCACUCUCGUCUUGAUAAACUCUUUUGUCUCCACACCCUACCUGGACGCCUGGUUCAUCCUGUUUUGCCGGACAUGCAUCUACGCCAACAGCGCCAUAAACCCUGUGAUAUACAACGCCAUGUCACAGAAGUUUCGCUCAGCUUUCCGUGGGCUUUACCGUUGUCAGCAGCCGGACGUAAAUCAGAGGACACUGUCGCUGAUCCAGACUGGAUUCAGUACCGUCCGAGACCCCCGAACAUCCCAGGCCAACAGCAAUGGAACAAAUGAAAAGACAAGAAAAGCCUUCCUGAGCACCACCGCUGAUAUGGCCACAAUGCAGAAUGGGAACAGUCAUCAAGAGACUAAAACGCUCAGUGACAGGAACGCAGACCACCUCAUUGGUAUAAGCUCAACUACGUUUGGUUCAGCUCCAACGAGUGAUGACAAGUCUGACUGGCCCUCAUCAAACGAUACUGAAAUCAAUGAUGAGCAAGAGAAUGUGUAAUAACAUUCUUGUUAACAUAGUAGGAAGUCUACUAAUUUGUGUAAUCACUGAAUUUCAACAAGAAAAAAAUCAACAGCGUUGUUUCCAUCAAAUGAUGAAACAGCUUUCUCCCUCAUGGACAUGAUCAACUUCAGUUUAUGACUAAAGAGAGAAGAAACCUGAGACCUGCAUCAUGUUAUGAUUCAACAGCACUAGACUUUGUCUUGAUCAGUGACAUUCAGGUACACACAUUGCACCGAAACAGUAUUUUUUGACCUCAACAUAUUUUGGGAUUUGCACGUCCAAAUGUUUGUGAAAGAGCGAGGCUGCAUAUUUGUACAUAAAGCUACUAUUUUACAUUUUUAUCCACCAAAACUUCACAUCAGAUUUGAUCUAUUUUUUUUUUUAAGUAGCAUGGCUAUAAUGAAUUUCUGAAAUCUCUUUUUGGUUUUGAUGUGGUAAAGGUCACAUGAUGACCUAUUUGCUUUCAAAAAGACUGCAUGGGAUGCAUUUUCAAUUGAACAUCUCUGAUUUGCGAAGAAGAAAUUUGACAUGAAACACUUUGGUGGAUAAAAGGAAGACAAAUUAUUUUUUGAACAUUGCCUUGACCCUUGCAAGCACUUAGUAUUAUAAUUGCUCAUGUUUUCUCAGCUGUCAUAGGAUUCACCCUGUAAACCUUGGAUUGAAAGCUUGGAUAUAGCAUGAAAAUUAAAAAAGCAGUUCAAUACAGCUCUGAGAAAUACACACAAAAAGCUUUUAUUAUUCAUUUUUAUUAAAACACUAACUUAAACAGAAGAUUAAUAAUUAAUUUGGAGGGAUUUUUACUUCAAAAAUAGUGACAAAGAUCAGGUAGGAGAUUAUUGAUUGGGAUUAACUCCUUUUUCCUAAUUUCUGUCCAAAACACAAAGUGAUUAAAGACAGUGAGUCAAAGUGACUGUAAACUGAAAAUAGACCGCUUCAAGAAUAAUGUUAUAAUCCUAAAAUCGGUACUUGGUAUCCCUUUUUGAGGAAGCAGAAAUUUUGAAGACAAAACUUCUACUCACUGUCUCAUUAAAGUUGAAUUUAGAAGUAACUAAAUAGACACAUAAUAUUAACUAACAAAACUACUUCACAAAAAUAACAUCUUACAAGGAAAAGGGGACCAUAAGUCAACUGCUGUUGUUGCUUUUACUUCUGGAUCAAUCAAGUCUCCCAAACUAUGUCCCAUAAUUGUUUGACCUAUCUGUUACCCCAGACUUCUACCCUCCAUACUCUUUAUGCUACAAGUAGCCCAGAGCAGAUGAAAUCAUAUGUUAGGGGUUAGUGUUAAAAUGGUACCUGUAGCUCUAUACUUCAUAAUAUAUGGGAGUGCAGAUGUUAAUUUGCUCUAAGCUCAAUCUGGUACUAUGCAUCAAAUUGUACCAUUUAUCUUCAAUAUUGUAUUUUCACAUCCCUUUAUAAAUACAUAAAAUUAAAUGAAUUUACUACAUGGGCCUCUGACAAAAUCUUCUAUUUCUAAUCUUUAAAAAAUCAUACAUCUGUGUAUUUCCAGUACCUGGCGCUGUUUAUGUCCAUGCUUUGGUAUUUACCAUAAACUAUAGAAAACAGAGACAUAGUCUCAGUGACUUGAUUUCUGAAGAGGUAUUAUGAAGCAUAUUUACCAGUGUCAUCAUAUUGGAAAUUGGUCCAACUAAUUGUUAUUCAAUCUAGAAACAGGCAAAGAGUUGGAGUUGAGGCCAUAGGAUUGCUGCAGGGAAAACACCUGUCAGUCAAAGCAGCCAUGUUUCUAGUUAUGCAAAUGUCUGCAUAACACUUAGUUUUGAUUUAUUGAAAAGAGAAGUGUUUAAAAAAGGUUUUUCUCCAGGCUCUGAACAUUGUUAAUUCUGCUGUCCUUUAGGCAGCGUAUUUUUCAAGCAUUUUUGCCUUUAUUAGAUAGGACAGCUAAAAAGGUGAGAAAGGUGCCUCAGGGUAGCGCACUUAAAUUACCAAAGAGGCAUUUUAAUCUGGGAUUUGAUGGGAAUCCUCGUCUGUGGCAGCAGCCUCAUGUGGAUACUCGAGAAACUGCAGUUUUUUGCACUUAUCCAGAAUGGCUCCAUUGGAUGUUGUCACUUUGUAAUUGCAACAGCACAACUAUUGUGCAUGACAUUUAAAAAUGUUGCUGACAAUGAGCAGAUGCCUACACAACAUACAAACACUAUGUUAAUGUCACGUUGGGUAACAAACAAGGAAGGAGGAACCACAUGCAGACAAGAAGAUUAAUUAAACAAAAUGUGCAAAAGGUACAAACAAAAACUUAUUUUAAAUGUCAAAGCAAACUAAAUACAAAAAGUUCCCAAAAGAAAAACACAAGGGAAUACAAGAACACAACAGGCAUAAAAUGCCAAGACAGAAGGGAGGAAUUGCAGAGACUAAAUAUACAAUGGGUAAUCAAACACAGGUGUGAAACAAGGCACAGGUGAAACUAAUCAGAGAGGGGCACACAUUCACAGAAGAGGGAAAACUCCAUUAUUCUCUGUAGAGUCAACAUUUUUUCUUGUCAGGGAUGUUGGGUAGAAAAAUGUCAACAUGAAGAUUUGCUGAGUUCAUGUUGGCAUUUACAUAGCAGGAUUUAACAUGUUGUUACGACUGUAAAGGGUUAUCUCAAGGGGACUCCUCUCUGCUAUGUAUAGCUGAAGAAAGUUAAUUUGUUCAUUUGGACUCCUUAGCAACUGACCUGCGUUAACUGCUUGCACACUUAUCAUCUGUCACUGGUAAAUACCUGUUCAUUUGACUUUCCUAAAGAUAUUCUUUAUUCUGUCCUGUACAUUAGGUUUCGGGUCACAUGCCAGAAAUCCACAUUGAGACAUCACACCUUUAAUCAAUUCUUUCUUUGUUUUUGCUGCAUUUGCUUUCUAGCAAUGAUCCUGCUGAGUUGGUUAAAGUGGCUAGAUAUAAAUGUUUACUGUUAUUUGAAGCUUUUUUACUUGAGUUUUUUGUAAAUGUAUUGUUCGCUACAUUGAGGUGUUUUGUAUUUUUCAGAGGACUGUGAAAUAAUAUACAAAAUUUUUUGUUCAUUUAAACUAGUUUUUUUUUCUUUUUUUUUGGAGGAACAGAUCUAAUAUUUGGGACUUUGUGUGGAAGAAAAAAAUGUCCAGAAUGUUUUUUCAGACUAAUUUUUUUUUUUUUUUAAAGACAACAAGUCUAUUUUAAGAUGUUGAUUUCCAAAAAUUAGUUCCAAUGUAAAUUCCAAUGCAUUAGUGGAACACAAGUUUUCAGUGUUAGUAAUCAGUGAGGUACUCAGAGAAAAAUGGCAAGUCUUUGCUUCCAUAAACCUGUCCUACAAGUCAGCCAACCCUUUAAUUGAUCUGAACACCAGUUGCCAUAUGUACAAGCUUUUUGGGUCUAUUGUGCUAAUGCUAUAGCGCUUUCACAUACACAAUUACAGUGUAAACAAUAUGUUGAAAGAUCAUAGUCUCCUGUCAUUGCCAUCUAAGAAAAUGAGUGUAAAUAACUUUUCAUUCAAGAUGAAUUAGCCUUUUAUCCAGUUGACACUGUUGGACGAAGUUGUGAUCCCAAGCACUGGGGGAUUAUGGGAAAUUUUAGACUCUACCAAACUACGCUCUUAAAGCCCCUGUGAGGAGUUUUAAGCUAGUUGAAAAACAGACCACCAGCAACAUGACUGACAAAUUGACUGUAAUCUUAAAUGCCUGUAACCAGUGAGAGAGAAGAGCUAUCACUUUGUCCAAAGGGGGCGCCAAACAUGGAACAAACAGAAAGUUUAAAGAACAAAAUGCAUGUAAAUAUGGCAUACAUUAUUGUGAUCCUUUGUUUUCUGUUAUAGUUACUGUAAACUUUUGUAUUUGGACAGUGUUAUGUGUAGUUUUUAAGUAAUGAAUCCUUUAGUUUUUUUUAAACUGUAAUUUUUGAAAAUGCCCUGCAUGUAUGCACUGACCGUGAUGAAUAUUGUUGGCUUAUUGAUCUAAUUAGUGCAUUUAGUUUUUUUUAGUAUUCUCCCAAAUGUUUAUAUUUGCCUACAGGGUUAUUUAUUUAUUUACUUAUAUGUUAUUUUCAGUCCCUCCGAUGGUCAAACGCAUGAAACAAGUCUCUAAAACAUAAAAACGUUGAGAGACGAUUAUAGUUUGGUUAGGCUGAGGAAAAUGAUUGGUACUUGAGUAAAUUGGUAUGCUUAUGCUUAUUUUAUCAUAUUAUUAUCUUAUUAUCUUAGUUAUCAAGCACAUUCUUACUAUAAUAUAAGUUAUUUAUGUAUUCAUAUUUGACUUUUGCUUUCACAUUGUGGUCAAACACCCUGGAUGAAAAUCUUGUUUGAGCAAGGCAUUACGCCUGGCUAACGCCCUCAACAGACUUUACUGUUUAUUAUACUACGUCACCUGACUUACACUUUUUCACUGAUUAUACUUCUUAUAGAGUUUGAUGACUAUAGCUCAUAUUAAUCUGUUUCACAGACAACCCCCACACUGUUUAUCUUCAGUCCUGCUAAAAAGAAAUGUGACACAUUUCUGUACUUAAAGCUGCUGUUGGUAGGAAUGGUGUAAAAAACGUUUGAGAAAAGGUCAUAAUGCCCACCGGUACUCAUCGGUAGGUGGAGAAAUUUGAGACUAUUGCAAAAUCUCUGCGUUUUCCAAUGCCUUUGUAUCAAGCAAUGUUAUUAUUCCCCUCAUUCCCGUUAUGAUGGACCAAUCAUAGAUAAUCUAAAAACAUUCAAAGUCCCCCUCUCUCUGAAAAGAUGUUUACUCUGUGACUACCAACAGCAGCUUUAACGCUGUGAGGUGCAUUAGAUUGUUUCCUGGCCUAUUUGGAGGGGUAUAGACAUAAUAAGAAAUAAACACAACAAUAAAAUGAUUGCCCUAUGAAUGUCCUAAGCUGCUACAGACUACCUUGCAGCAGUCUGGAAUUUUUAAAUGAAGUUGAUAAAGUCAGGUUGACCAUUUUUUUGUUGACAUUUUUUUGCUGUCAGCAUUUUUGCAGUUGUUUACAAGAAAAUUGUGGAGCAGGUAAAAAGGUAAUGAAUUACAGAUUGGGCCUUAUCUUACAAACACAUGGUAGCACACACCCCAGCUGCCAUUGACCUGUUUGAUGCAGUGGUCUUAUUGUUACAAGCGGUUGUGUUAUGCUAGUAGCAUGUUAACUUCAGCCCAUCUGUGCACCCAGGGGUAUGUUGGACCUUAAUAUGUAUAUUGACCGUUUUAUUGGUGUUACUUUGAGAAAUUAUUUUCACUGUGUUAAUAUUUGUCUAUAUUUAUAGAUUUAUGUGGGCACGUGCAUGAAUUGCUUAUCAGAAUGGAAAAGAGUGAAUUGCAAUUCAGGUACAGCCAAUUAUAAAGUCCCAGAUUCAUUAAGUUUCUGACAGUCUAGAGAGAGAUAAGAGUGGAGGAAGAAGAGUUAAAACAGUUGUAAAAUGCUAGCACAGAGCACAGUGACUCAGCUACUUAUUCCUGCACUGUGCACUUGAUAAAACACUUUGAAACAA